AUGCCUCCCAAGAGAAGACAGGCCGAGGACACCAGCGAUGCUGAACCUCAGUAUACCAAGAAGUCCAAGGGCAACACAGGAAAGGCUCAACCCCAGGAGCUUACCAAGGGAUCCGACCAGGAUGGCAACACCUUCUGGGAGCUUGGAAACAACCGCCGAAUUAGUUCUUCGGUGUUCAGGAAUACCACCCUGGUCAAUAUUCGGGAAUACUACGAUGCUGGUGGCAAGCUGAUGCCAGGCAAGAAGGGCAUCUCCCUCUCACUUGCCCAGUAUCAGAACCUCCUCAAAGUCAUUCCCCAGCUGAACGCUGAUCUCCGUGCCCAAGGCCACGCCAUUGAGGACCCAGAUUUUGCCCAGGUGGCCGAGCAGACCGACGUCUCCGUCGAGACGCCCAAGGUCAAGGCGCUGGAGUCCAAGACGGAGAGCAUCAAUAAGGAGAAGAAGAAGCCCCGCAAGUCCAACAUUGACGUUACCAGCGACGAAGAGGAAGCUGCCGAGGACGAGGACGACGACGAGUAGAGCAGAUCGGUCCGCCAAGCCAAACAUCUUUGGGCGUCGCAGAAAUGGUAAUGCUGGGGCGAGAGGAACAUCCGUUGGUACCGGCCAAUCGAAUCUCUCUCUUAUGCGGGCGCAGUGCAGAUACCCCCCUUCUCUACGGUUUUCCAGGU